AUGGUCCAGCAGCCUUUCAUGUAUAGUGCGCCAUCGCGCCCGGAUUCGAGAUUCCCAACUGCUACUUUUGAUCCAAAGGCUGUUACCCGCGCGAGCUGGGAGCCCAAACCGAGAAAAGCUGCGCUAAAGGGACCGUUAGUGUCGUUUGAUCUUCAUCCUGACUACCAUGUCAUUCUACCACAUCGAUCGGGCAAUUAUACCCCUUUGGAUCUCAGGAUCAAGGCCUACAUCACAUGGUUGAGACGAGCUCAACUUGCGCUGCGUGGUUUGCAGUUGAUUGCCGCCAUUGGCGUGCUGGUUCUCUUUUCUCUGUUUACGGGCGUAGACGACACGACCGCUUGGGCAAUGAGGAUCCUGCAAGCGAUAACAAUCACCCACUCAGCUUACGCCAUAUACCACCUCUCCCGAGAUGCGGUGGCUAGAGCACCUGCGUCCUCAGCGGCUUACCACUUCGGCUGUGUCGUACUGGACUCGGGGGCUAUAGCUGGCUAUGUUCUCGGAGCCCUUACCUUACAUAAGAAUGCGACAAAUUGGGGGAUCGUCUUCAAUAAUCAGGACAUAAUGCCCAAGUUUACCUCAGCUGUGCUGUAUACCGCGGUUGGCGCAGGUAGCUUGCAUCUGAUCACACUCUCGUCAAGUGCCUGGCUGGGAUGGCUGUUCCGCAAGAUUAGCCUUAUGCCGCCGGACAUGAACCCUCUCGAGGACAAUUUAACGGCCCGGCCCGCGCAUAAGAGAAACAAAUCGUCGCUAUCCACCACUACGAGCUACGGACCUGAGGCUGAGAAGCCCUGGCUGGAGAGUCGGCGUAAUUCGGCGAGCGUCUAUGAGGGAGUACCAGAACGCGUCUCGGUUUCUUUCAUGCACACAAGGACUGAAUCGCGUGAUUCUGCCAUCAGCAUGGGGUCCAGAAUCAGCGCUUCACCUGAACGCAAGAAGGCUCCGCUUAGAUAUCAGCCACGCGCGUCAAACCCAAUCUCUUACUCCGAGGUCCCGUCCCAUGAGCCCGAAACAUCGCCACGAAGGGUCGGCAAGGCCCCUGCGACUCAGGAUGCAGAGACGCGGAGACCACCCGCAGUUUCACGAGCACUUAUGCCCGGUCAGCGUGCAGUGCGUUCCCAUCGUUCCUCAGGCUCAAAGUCCUAUGCCGCUCUAGAAAACCCGUAUAGCAUGGGUGGAAUUUCAUCCGAUUCAGAGGGUGAAGAGAGCACCCUGGGCGACAUUCUUCGACAGAAGGGCCGCCUUGGCAUCACGCACCCUAAGCCCCUAACGUCGAACCCAAUCCUCCCAAAGCCGCUAAAUGCUCGCAAUACCCGCCGCGGUCAGAUAGAUUUUGACGCACAGUAUGAAGCCUCUGACGGAGAGCCAACCAGCUGGCUGAGUCAAGACAUUGAACAGAGCCAGGAGGAGCAGAACAUGCGGUCCCAGAGGUAUCGAGAUAGCUCUAUCCAGCUUGACAGCCACUUUGACACAAGGCACUCGAGCGGUGAUGAAGUUGCGGCGGGACCAACUGCACUCGGCAGCGGCCGCAAAGUUUCGUCCGGAAACGAUUUUUGGCUGAACCCCUCAGCCGCUUACGAGCGACGAAGGGUUAGUGUCAUGGCAGACUCACUGCCCCUUCCCAGCGUCGAGAGACCCUUUGGCAUCCACCUGUGGCCGCUCUUUAGCAAGGCGUUUGAGUAUGUGGCAGGAUAUCCGGCCGAGGAGUUUGACUUUGUCGUUGGCAAGACGCCCAUGUCCACGCUGAGGGACACGUCCAUCUUUGUCGCCAUUUACUACCUCAUUAUUUUCGGUGGCCGCGAGCUGAUGCGGGCCCGGGAGCCCUUCAAGCUCAAGACGUUCUUUCUGAUACACAACUUCGUCCUCACGGCUGUCAGCGCUAUUCUCCUCGCCCUUUUCAUUGAGCAACUGCUCCCCACUAUCGUUCGACGCGGAACCCUCUUCGCCGUCUGCGAUGCUGAUGGCGGCUGGACCCAACCUCUCGUGGUCCUGUACUAUAUGACCUAUCUCACCAAAUACCUCGAACUCCUGGAUACAAUUUUUCUCUUCCUCAAGAAGAAGCCUCUGACUUUCCUUCACUGUUACCACCAUGGCGCAACGGCUGUCCUUUGCUAUACCCAGCUAAUUGGCAGCACAUCGGUCCAAUGGGUUCCCAUCUCUCUAAACCUCUUUGUCCACGUCGUCAUGUACUGGUACUAUUUCCAGAGCGCUUGCGGGGUGCGCAUCUGGUGGAAGGAGUGGGUGACUCGCCUACAAAUCAUCCAGUUUGUCAUCGACCUCGGCUUCGUCUACUUUGCAUCAUACACAUACUUUACAUUCACCUACUGGCCUUGGAUGCCCAACUGGGGGAACUGCGCCGGCAAAGAAUUCGCUGCUUACUCUGGCAUCAUUGUUCUCAGCUCAUAUCUUGUCCUCUUCAUUUCGUUUUAUUUUGCAACCUAUGCAAACAAGGGGAGGAAGUCCGCUGCGCAAAAGUCGACACGCCAAGCUUCGAAGGCAUCAGCUUCGGCAUCUGGAGUGUCCGCCCAUGGCGAGGGCUAUGCUGCUACCAAUGGCUCUUCGACUCGGUCUCGGAAGGCCAAGAACUAA